AUGCAAGAAAAUUAUUUUGGAAAUGUCACUGAUGAAUUUCAGAUGAUAAACAGCACUGUAGAAAUGAAUAACUUGUUGUACAUGUACUCGCACCCAGUUGACAAUGCCGGAUUUUUGUCAUACAUGACAUUUACCUGGCUUACUCCACUAGCGUGGAAAACAUUCAAGUAUUCAGUACUUAACCCAGAAGACUUAUGGAAAGUUUCGCCUGGUGAAGCAUCUGAGGUGAAUAGUAAGAGAUUUCUGAAACUUUGGCAAGAAGAACUGUGUAAGUAUGGAAAAAAGAAAGCUUCCAUGCUACGUGUAAUCUGGAAUUUCUGUCAAGCACGAUGUUUGCUAGCCAUGGGCUUCCUCAUAGUUUCAAUGAUUGCAGGUUUCUGUUGUCCAGCAUUUCUGAUCCGGAGAUUUUUGCAGUACAGCAGCAAUGCUGAAAAUGACAAGCUCACUGGCCUUCUCCUUGUCCUGGGAAUUUUCCUUCUUCAAAUAUGUCAGUCUUGGAUUCUUGGAUUGGUCUCUGCCAUAAAUUAUAGGACAGGAGCUAGGCUUAAAGCAGCUGUAAUAAGCUUGAGUUUUGAGAAGGUACUUCAACUGCGGAAUGCAAGAGAUGUGGAAGUUGGAAAGCUGAUUAACAUGUGUACAACCGACAGUCAGUAUAUCCGUGAUAUGGUUGCAGCGGGAUGUGUGAUUGCCUGUGUUCCCCUUAUUCUUCUGCUGGGGCUUAUUUAUACAAUUGUAUUUCUUGGAGCUGCAGGAAUAUUAGCAUUAGCUGCGUUUAUUUUCUUCUAUCCAUCACUGAUAUUCGUUUCAAGGCUACUGGCAAAAUUAAGAAAAAAAUGUGUUUCUAUGACGGAUAGACGAGUGCAGAAGAUGACUGAAUUACUGAAAUAUAUCAAGUUUAUCAAGGUGAAUGCGUGGGAGAAACAAUUUUCUGAGAAAAUUACAGACAUCCGAAAUGAAGAGCAUAAGCUUCUGGAGAAAGCUGUCUUUGCUCAAGGCAUGAUCAGUGAGACUUCUUCACUAGCGGUUGUCAUAGCGACCAUCAGUACCAUCACUGUUCACAUGGCUGUAGGCUAUGGGCUCGAUGCUGCUCGUGCUUUUACUGUUGUCUCUGUGUUCACAACCAUGAUAAAUUUCCUCAAGGUGGUGCCGUCAUCAGUUAAAGUAAUUACAGAAGCUUCAUUAUCAGUCACCAGAUUUCAGACUCUGUUUUUGAUGGACCAGUGGAAACCAGUAAAGCAGAAGUUAGAAAACACUGAAAAUGCUAUUGAGUUCAGAAAGGCAACUUUAGCUUCGAUUAAGAGAACAAACACCUCAUUAUCAGCAAGUUGGGGAAGUACUAAACAAAACGUGAAAGAAAAAAAACAAGUUAAAACAUUCUUUCAAAAACAAAUGGCAAAGUUCCCCUCUGAGACUGAUGUCAAAGAGAGCCUUUUAAAACUGGAACAGGAAACUGCGUAUGAAAGUGUAGAAGUAGUGACUGCAGAUGGAACAGUGAUUAUAAACAGUGAUCAAUUAUGGCAUUAUAAAAAAACACUUUUCAGUAUUGAUUUAAACAUUCAGAAGGGGAAGCUGAUUGGCAUUUGCGGCAGGACUGGCAGUGGCAAAAGUUCUCUAAUUUCAGCGAUCUUGGGACAGAUGCAUCUUAUGGAAGGAACCAUCGCAGUAAACGGAAGUUUUGCCUACUCCACACAACAAGCUUGGAUCUUAAAUAUGUCGGUGAGGGAAAAUAUCAUACUGGGCAAGGACUACAAUGAAGGGAAAUAUAAAGAAGUGCUUGAAGCCUGCUGUCUAGCUCUGGACAUUUCUGUUCUACCACAGAAGGACAUGACAGAGAUCAGAGAUCAAGGCAGCACCCUCAGUAGAGGUCAGCGACACAGAAUCAGCUUAGCUCGUACGUUGUACAGUGACCAAGAUAUAAUUUUGCUGGAUGAUCCGCUCAGUGCUGUUGAUGUUCACGUAGGAGCGCAUUUGUUUAACAAUGCCAUCAAAAAGUGCCUGAGAGGAAAGACUGUUCUGUUGGUAACAAACCAACUACAGCAUCUUGUUGAAUGUGAUGAAGUAAUAUUUAUGAAAAAUGGUUUGGUUGCGGAGUAUGGGACACACAACGACCUCAUGAACCUUAAUGAAGACUAUGCUAUGCUUUUUAGAAGUGUGAAGGAAGCGAAUGUCCUUCAUCAAUGUUUGACAUCUGGAUCACAGAAUUCUGCAGAGAUGAAGAAUUCACUAUUUCCGAGCAAGUCAGUCUAUUUAACUGAUGACUUCUGUGACAAAGAUAUAACGUUAAAGAAGGGUGAAAUAAUGAAUGAAAUGAAGAGAGGUGGAUCAGAGAGAACAGAAGCAUUACAUUUAAUAUCUGAAAAAUACACAUCUCUGGGAGGGAGAUCGAGCAGUUUAACAGAGAACGAAGCCGCUUCUAUGCCAGUAGAAGAGCUGGUAGCUAAAAACAAAUGUGAGAAGGUCAUGGCUAUGGAAAAUCAACAUCUUUUGGACAUUGAUGGCGAAAAGGAAGAAAAAAUGGAUGAAGACUCUUCUGAUGAUGAAGACCAUUCAUUUAGUCACUGCUCUACUGAAGAUGUAGAAAAAGGACGACAGAUGCAGCCAGACAGAAAAGUUAAAGUUUUUUUCCCUUGGUCAGUAUAUAAAUGUUAUAUUAUGGCUGCAGGAGGCUACCCAAUCUUCAUCAUCAAUAUGAUAUUGUUUGUGCUUACGGCCUGCAGCAUGUUCUCAUGUACCUUUUGGCUUAGCUACUGGAUUAAACAAGGCAGCGGGUAUGCAGCCGUAUAUGUGAAGAGUGACGCUAAGAUCAGUGACAGCAUGAGUGACAACCCACGGUUACAUUUUUAUGAAGGAAUCUGUGUUCUGUUGUUGGCUGUGAUGGUUUCCAUGAAAAUACUUCGAGGAUAUGUGUUCUUUAAGUGUGCCAUAAAGGCUUCUUCGAAGCUCCAUGAUCAGGCAUUUGAUAAAGUAAUCAAAAGCCCAGUGAAGUUCUUUGAUACUACACCGCUGUCCACAAUUCUCCAGAAUUUCUCUAAAAUCAUGGACGAAGCCGAUUCACAUGUUGCACCUCAAGUUGAAAUGCUGUUGCAAAACAUUGCUUUGAUCACGGUCUGCAUGGGUGUCCUUGCUGCUGUCUUCCCUUUGUUCCUUCUGUCUGUGUUGCCACUGUCUCUUCUGUUUUGGGCUAUACAGAGGACUGCUAGGGUGCUAAUAAGUGAGCUUAAUCGAUUGAAUAGUGUCACCCAAGCCCCCAUUAUGUCUCUGGUCACCUGUACUCUUCAAGGAGACGGAAUACCAACUAUCCAUGGUUAUGGCCAAAGUGACUACUUUUUGAAGAGGUUCCAACAUCUCUUGGAUGAAAAUCAGUCACGGAACUUCCUUCUCAUUAGUGGAAUGCGUUGGCUAAGUAUUCGACUUGAUGAAAUCAGCACUUUCUUAAUUACCAUUACUUCGCUGAUAAUAGUUUUCAAGCACGGGCAUGUUGCUGGGUUAGCCCUUUCAUAUGCUAUGCAGCUGACUGGUCUUUUUCAACAAACAACCUUGCUAGCAUCUGAUACAGAAACCAGGUUUGUCUCUGUAGUGAAGCUCAUCAACUACAUGCAGGAACUGGAACUUGAAAGCAGAUCACAGGAAGAAGAAUCACCUUCUCCAGUCUGGCCACAGGAAGGAGGGAUCAAGUUUGAAGGAGUGGAAAUGCGGUACCGCGAUGACCUGCCUUUAGCACUGAAGAAAAUUUCUUUUGAAAUUAAACCACGGGAAAAAAUUAGAAUUGUUGGAAGAACAGGUUCAGGGAAAUCUUCAAUUGGUGCGACUCUCUUCAGGCUGGCAGAGCUUGCUGGUGGCAGCAUUUUUGUUGACAGCGUGGAUAUCAGUAAAAUCUCGGCUGAAGACCUUAGAACAAAGUUAACUCUUAUUCCUCAAAACCCAGUGCUGUUUAGAGGGACAAUCAGGUUUAACUUGGAUCCUUUGGACCAGUAUGAGGACUGGCAGAUUUGGGAGGUCCUAGAAAGAACUCAUAUGAAAGAAUGUAUUGCACAGUUGCCUUUAAAGAUCUACUCCAAUGUAAGAGAAAAUGGUGAAAACUUCUCUAUAGGUGAACGUCAACUACUGUGUGUAGCACGAGCUUUGCUUCAACAUAGAAAAAUUCUACUUCUGGAUGAAGCUACUUCUUCCAUUGAUAAUGAAACAGAGUUACUGAUACAACAGACCAUCUCAGAAGAUUGUUGUGAUUGUACGAUACUGACAAUUUCCCAUCGACUCCACACUGCUUUGAACUCUGACAGAAUAAUGGUGCUCGAUCAGGGACAGGUUGCUGAAAAUGAUAUUCCUGCUGUUUUACUGUCACGUGAUGAUUCACUAUUCAGAACAAUGGUGGCCGCUGAUAUUAGUAGAGUCAAUUCAUAUGAGUAAAUGGAAAAUAAAA